AUGAACCCGCACGAGAACGGUCAUGCGUCGCCCGCCGCGAAGCCUCACAGAACCUUCUUGAGCUUGCCGUCAGAGAUCCAAAAGGACAUCAUCAGCCACUGUUCCCAGCCCGACCUCAUCUGCCUCGCCCUUGCCUCCAAACAGUGCCGAGAACUGGCCGCUUCCCAGCUGUAUCGCCAGUUCCACAUCGUUUUCCCCGACGAGGAUGACCCGUCGUUCGACUCCCCCAUCGAUGGUCUGGCUGGUGGGCUGGAUACCUUUGCGACGAGCGACUACAACUAUGCGCAACAUCUCAGAGAUCUUUCUCUCGACACCCUUAGUGCCGGUAACAAGGGGGAAGCUGCUUACAGGCCCUACCUCUUCAACAACAGCUGCGGAAAGUUUAUGAACACUCUUCUGCUCCUCACUCUGCGCAAGGCGAAUAAACUCGAGACUUUCAAGUGGAAUAUCCGCGUCGAGCUUAGCCGUCCCGUAUACGCCGUGCUACACCAUAUCGAGACCCUCGCAAACGUGCACAUACGCAUGCAGGCAGGAGCGUCUCUCUAUGAAAGGCCGCCUCCGCUCCCUCAUACCCUUCUCGGUCACCCACUAUUGCUCACUGCCCCCGGCCAGCCGACGCAACAAUUCUGGACGACUCAAAGCCCUCAUCCGCCCCCGCCUCCUCCGCAGCAGGGUAUAGACUUUGGGACACCGAUCGCGAACGGCGGCAACACAACCUUUUACUUGGUUCAGAGUCCACAACCCCCUCAUCCACAUGCUUUCACUCAACAGCCUUCUCAUCCACAGGCUUUCCCUCAGCAGCAUCACCAUCAUCACCAUCAUCACCCUCCCGCUCCCAAGCCCCCCUCCAAAACAAAAGCGCAGAAGCGACCUCAGGUCCUCACGGAUCCCCCAACCAUAUCGGGGUUCAAAAGGCUCAAGAGCCUUGCCGUUCUCGAUAUCGACACCCUUGAUAUUGUGACAGAAAUCAAGACCUGUGUUAGAAACUCGGCCGGAACCUUGACCAAGCUGAAACUGUCCUUUUCGGACUCUCUUGCAUCCCAGGCUCGGAGGCCGCCGGCACCGGAAGUCGUUACCGACGAUAGUGACGAGGAGCAAUCCAUCUGGUCCAAUCCUGGCCUGGACCCAAAUCUGCAAUCGAGUGAUGCGGUCGAGAGCACGGGAGCAAAAGCACAUCGGGCGCAAGAGGAAAAGAAGGCACAGGAGUCCGUUUUGGGGCGCAUUUUCGAUGUCGAACACUAUGUUGUCAAGAAACCACAAAAGAAGAUCAAGGCAAAAGAAAAGACACCUGAUGAGGCAUCGAGCUCGGACCCUGGCCAGAGCUUCAUUCAAAAUGUGAUGAAAGCGGCAGAGGUUCUUAUGAAGAAGAAGGAUGACACGCGACGGGAUGCUCUUGAUAUCAUCGAAACUGCCGCCAUUGCUUAUGUCGCUUCCCUAAAGACCAAGGAGAACGGGACCACGCCUGAAAAUUUCGGUCCUCAGUCCGCUCAGAGCAAGGCCAAGACAGAAGGGGAAUCAAGUACUGCAGGAUUAGGAAGCAGUUCCACGGGUCCCUCUGUUCCUCCUACCCGACCUAAAAGGGAAGGUGAUGAUCUCAUCGAGGAAGACAUCGAAAUUGAAGAGCCUGAGGAAGAACUCGACCUCGAUCCAGGAACUCCACCUUCUCAAAGUGAGAAAACAGAGACUGUACCCGAAUCAUCAUCUUCGCAAGCGUUGUCGUCGGCAACAGGCGGCCUUGACCCCGCUUCUGUCGAGAAAGCCGUAGCUAACUUGGUAGCGCAAAAGGUUAACUAUCAAACUUUGAUCAAAAAACUUCAGAUGUAUGAGGCACGAGCUAACAACCUUCGUAAGGAAACCGAAGAACUGCGCGAGCAUGACGGGCCAAUCGAUCGCGAACGCAUCGCUAGAACCGAGAGGGAGAUUACAGAGCUGAGCAACGGGAUCGAAAAGGCUAGGUCCGAGAUCAGCGUGGUCGAGGCUGAGGUGUCUGAUUCGCAAAAGGAAAUCAAUGCUCUUCGCAACUCGGAUAACGUUGAGUCCCAACGUCAGCGGAGGAGUGAAUACGCACGAGCGACAAGGGGUUUGCCUCUUCAGUCACUCGGCAUCUAUCUGGUUCCGGUCAAGGCUUCUGUCCUGUCGAAGGCGCUGGACGUCCGCAUGCUCACUCGCAUUACUCUCCUCAAUGUUGGGCCUCAAGCACCAAUUUGGGCUUACCUGAAGAGCCAGAAUGAGGAAAGCCCUCUCCCGCUGUGCAAGAUCUUCACUGAUAAUAUCACGGCAAAUUUCUUGCAAUUAGUCUCCCAACUAAAACAGGUAACGGAGCUGUUCAUGCUUGAGAGAGAGGCCAAACACAAGCCUGAAAGCUUCGCCUCUCAGACGAUCAUAGAUAUCGAUGACAUUCGACGACUGGCACUCAGAAAGCACAUGCCUCGUCUGCGGAAGCUCAUGAUCAAGAACCAGGCCAGUACAGCAUGGGAUUUGAACACCGACACAAUCAUGCUAGUGUGCCGGCGUGGCAAAAACAUCGAAGAGCUUUCCUGCAGCAUGAGUCUGCGGUCCUUGCAUACCUUCAAUCAAAACGUGCGCUUUCUCACCAACCUUCACGCCCUUCACAUCAUCUGUCUCCGUUGCGAUGACCUGUGUCCAUCCCUUUUGACAGAAGGGAAGGAGUUUUUGAUCGACAACCUCACGCAGUUUCCUUUCAAGAACCUCGAAUGGAUUUCGGUCAGCGAAGGCAACUGCGUGAACCAUAUCAAGUUCCACGAGCCGCCGUCGCUGGAAGAGAGGAGGAGGAGACUGGCGGCCAAAAAGGCUAAGGCUAAGGGCAAGGCCAAGGCCACCACGACGACGGCAACCACCAGUAACGGAACAUCAAGCAACAUCACCCAAUACCCAGAAUUUCCUCCCCCGGAAAUCUGGGAUGGUCAAACUAGUACUGAUGACGAGUAUGGGGGUGGCGAGUGGGCGCCUAGGUCACACAAACUUUUUGAGAAGCUGGGGGACUAUGCGCUUCUAUGA